GAUGGUGUUCAUGAGCUGAACGAAACCCUGAUCAUUGGAGCCGAGGCCAAGCGGGCACGUGCCAUUGCUAGCGUAUCAAGCGUCAUAGCACUUGAUUCAUGCGCAUGCCCGAUACUGACUUACUCCUACCAGGCACCAACAAAAGAGACCACAACACCACCGCGCACACCUCCGACGUUCUCGACACCCUCCUCCCUGACCACCCUCGGCUCCCUCCCUCACCUCCCUCAGAAAUCACUAUCAUCAUGUCUGGCUGGGGUCUUGGCUGGUUUGGCGGCGGCCAAACCAAGAAGGAGGCGCCGAAGAAGGCUAUCCUUCAACUGCGCGGACAGCUCGAGAUGUUGAACAAGCGCGAGAAGCACCUACAGAACCAGAUGGAUGAGCAAGACGCACUUGCGCGGAAACACGUCUCUACAAACAAAGCCGCGGCCAAGGCAGCACUACGACGGAAGAAGCAGUUUGAGCACUCGUUCGAGCAGACAUCCGCACAAAUCAUGACCCUGGAGCGCGAGAUAUAUUCCAUCGAGACGGCGAACAUCAACAAGGAGACACUGGACGCCAUGAAGAACGCCGGUUCGGCCAUGAAGCAGAUACACGCCGGUCUUACAAUCGACAAGGUCGACGAUGUCAUGGAAGAACUUCGCGAACAGCACGCCAUCGGCGAAGAAAUCGGCGAGGCAAUAACCAGCGGCGUCACAACCGGCGGCAUUGACGAAGACGAGCUGGACGAACAGCUCGCCGAGCUGCAGCAAGAGAAGCUGGACGAGGAUAUGCUGAAGACCGGCAACGUGCCCGUGAACGACAAGGUCGCAACGGGCAGACUGCCCGCGGCGCCAUCGACAGAGGUCCGGGGCAAGGCACAGAGAGUCGAGGAGGACGACGAGGAGGAGGAGCUGAGGAAGCUGCAGGCCGAGAUGGCCAUGUGAGCGCCACCAGGCUGUUUGCUGCGCGCAUAAGCAUACUGACUACUAGCACGUCCUUGGGGAGGGCCUGCUUGAUACCGCCUUGAGACGCGGGGUAUAGAGUAUUUCUACGAGGGCGGAAGACAUGAACGGCGUAUGGCGAUUCUGUGGGAGCUGGUGUAUUCUUGCUCUUCUGUUUCCGCUUGGAUUUCCCAGGGCCGUGUGCCUGCACUAUCUGGACGAUGCAAGUCGGACAUGUGCGAAACGAUAUACCUUGCAAAUUAAGAUGCUUCAACAUUCAUACUAUAGUCGACAUGCGUGUUCACUUCAGUGCAUGAGCUGGGACCUUCACUCGCGUUGUGCAAAUAUCACUGGUCACA